AUGGUGGACGUCCGGUCCAAGAACCUCUAUGAGCUUCUUGGCAAUGACCCCGAGCUCGACCCUAACAGACCCCCUGCGCCUCCCGCCAAGGCUGUCGACCGUCCCGCUCCCCGCGUUGGCAAGCGUGAUGCUCCCAAGGAGGCUCCCUCCACCCAGCCCCGUGAGAACGCUGGCCGCCGUGGUGGCCGUGUGACCGGUGGCAACGAUGCCGCUUUCCGUGACCGCAACGCCGGCCGCACCAACAACCGCCAGAAGCCCACCGAUGAGGCCGAGCAGCCCUCCCGCCCCCGUGGCGGCAACCGUGGCCGUGGCGACCGCCAGUCCCGCACUGGCCAGACUGACACCCGCAAGCAGGUCCAGCAGGGCUGGGGCGGCGAGUCCGGCGAGAAGAACUGGGACGAUGAGCGUGUUGGCGAGACCAUCGCCAAGGCCGAUGAGACCGAGCCCCAGACCCCCGCUGAGGAGGUUGAGGAGGCCGACAAGUCCAAGUCCUACACCGACUACCUGGCUGAGAAGGCUGCUAAGGACAGCCUCGCUGCCAAGCCCGUCCGUGCCGCCAACGAGGGCACCAAGGAGGACAAGAAGUGGGCUGCUGCCAAGGAGCUGAAGCACGAGGAGGCCCAGACCUACUUCCAGGGUGCCUCUGAGAAGACCAAGCGCGAGAAGCAGCGCAAGGAGAAGAACUACCUUGACGUCGACAUGCGCUUCGUUGAGCAGCCCCGCCCUGCUCCCACCGGUGGCCGUGGUGGCCGUGGCGGCCGUGGUGGUGACCGCGCUCCCCGUGGUGACCGUCCCGCUCGUGGUGGUGACCGCCCUGCUCGCGGUGCUCCCCGUGGUGGUGCUCCCUCUGCUGCUCCCCGUGGUGCUGCUCCCUCUGCUGCUCCCCGUGGUGGCCGUGGUGGUGCCCGCGCCCCCGCCGGCCCUACCGUCGACGAGAAGAACUUCCCCAGCCUGGGCGGCAACUAA